AGUUACACCACGCUGUCUUUUGAUGAUCCCCAGUGGAUGCAGAGUUGGCCCCUGAACAAUUCCUACGCCGACGUCUUGGGUUGGAUAUCGAGUAUCAGUGCGAAUCCUGGAGAUACGAACACGCUGAUUGAUUUCCGCCGCAACAUCUCGCGAGCUGGCGAGGAAGGCAGAAAUCUUAUUUGUGCCGCAGUCCAAUCUCAUGAUGUCGACAUUAACGACGACGGCGGUCUGACAGCAUCCGUGCUAAUGGGGACGUUGGCAAGCUUCCCCAUGACGAUCCAGGUCGUGGAGACCUUCGAAGAUGUCGUUCUCGCCCAGUCCUUUUCAGGCGCAGCCAAGGUCGCCACCAUCCAAGAGUCAGUGGCUAUGAACUGCGCCCCCAAGGGUUAUGUUUACGACCUGGCCAGCAUCGCGAAUAACACGGUCCCUGCUGGCUCCGAUGAUGUGGAAGCAGCAGCAAGUGCGGCCCUCGGAAGCUUUGCAGCGAAGCCACCAUGCCCAUGGGAUACCGAAACCGUGCUUGAGCCGCACGACAUCGUCCACAUAUUGCAUAAUAAGACCGUGGACGAGGACAGGCACGAGAAGCUACUAACUGCUCUAUACGGACUCGCGAAUACCCGCCAUCCCCACGUCAUUGACAAGGUAGACAACUUUACGGAGCACGAUAACCCUGCUCUGCGAGUGGCUGCGGUAAGAGCGAUGGCGAACGUGCCGAAUGAACGUGCCACGGGACACUUAGUAUACCACAGCCUGCACAACAGCGAGCCGGCGGCGAGGCGCGCUGGCUUGCAGGCUCUACAACAUCACGUCCACGAAAACCCCAUCCUGGCAACCAAGACCCUCCUCGGCGCCCUCUUCCAGCCGCGGGUGCGUAGAGCUCCCGCGGACAUCCGAGGACUGAAGGGUUAUUUCCAGAAGCGGAUGGCCAACCGCCUCGCAGACUACCGCCUGGCGAAGAUAGGCAUGAAUCGAAUAGCGCUCAUUGAGAAGGCGACUCUGGACUACCCACUUCCCGGUUCUCCCCUCUUCACGCCUCUGCAUUGGACAAGAUCGUAUGGAGGAGAAAAUGUCCGAGCAACUGUGGGUGUGGUUGUCGAUAGCGACUUCAACGCCGCGGGAGCCGGAUUCAACGCUGAAGCUUUCGUGCUCGGCUCGCUCUUUUCUACCGAUGUCGACAUCGCUUCGGCCGGAGCCUAUGCAGUCUGGACCAGUGACGGCGACAUGUCAUUCUUCCUCUGGACAGCAGUAUUUCUCUUCGACCUGGGGUCCAUGCAGCAGGUUCCAUACUACCUGAUCAGCAUCGAGUGGUUCAGCCAGACAGUCUUCCAGCUGGUGCAGGGCGAUCCGUGCACGAUAAGCUUUCCGAGCAGCCCCGCCGUCACGAUCCGAGAGACGAAGUCGUUCAUCCAGGCCACCUACUACUACGGAAUCCCCCUCAUUGCCGAGGUCGAUCUGCAUGUCGAGCUGGUCGGCUGGUUCGAGGUCGGAUACGGCGUGGAGCUGGUCACGCAGAACCUCUCCAAUCCCAUCCCCGGCCAGAUCACCGGAUAUAUCCGCCCCGGGAUCGGGCUUGGAGGCCAAAUCAGCGCCAACGUUCGGGUGCUGGUAGCAGGCGCUGGCCUGGAGGGUGACCUAGCCUUCGCGUCGCUGUACCUCCCCGCAGGUGGGGGCAUAACAGUCAACUCCCUGUCUCCACUGGCAGCCGGAUUUGGCGACUCGAUCCAAAUCAAUGGGGAAUUCUUGAGAGGCAGAGUCUCCUUAUACUAUGAGAUCUGGAACUGCUGCUGCUGGUACUGUUGGUUCACGUGCUGCUUCAGCUGCGGCGGAGGUUGCAACUACCGCGGCGAUUACACCCUAUUCGCGUGGGACGGCAUCUCCCUGCCUGCUAUCUACAUUGAUAACCGCCCCAACUUGUGCUCGUCGCUUCGGUCUUCUGCAGAUCUGCCUCACCCUGACAUUGGCUCGGGUGUGAUGAUAUUGCAGGGGCCGGAUCUCGCCGACUACCUGCCUUACAUGGCUCCUCCUCCUCUCGAGGUCACUGAUGGAGAUGAUCCUAUAGACAUGGAUGCUGAAACAUGGAUGGAGUGUAGCGGUUAUUACGACCUUCGAUCUAGGCUGGUUGAGCUGAGCUCAUGCCCCUAUCAGCAGAUGGAUUGCGAUGGAAUGUCCCUUGCCACGCGAUAUAUGCUGCCUGAGGAACCAAAUACCGAAAACUUCGCCUAUGAUUGCGACAGGUAUCCGGACCUUUGCCAAAACACCGAAUGCUGGCGGAAAUGGUCCCCCUACUCGGCCGGCAGAAAGAUAAAGUGGAUGUACGACGACGUGUACAUCCCCAGACGAAGGUGGGCGAUGUCGCGGUUGGGGUCUCCGCCAAAGGGAACACAGCGCGAUGAAGUCCCCAUGAAUAAGUGCACCCGCGGCGGAUGCUGUGCGAGGGUCCAGGCCAUCGAAGCGUCGCAGAACAGUGCCCAUGGAGGCGAUUUCUGCGGAUUCCUGAGGACGAAGUUCGGCCCGGCGCCGGGUUGUCGACCAGAGAAGGGCUGGUUCACAGUAUCUUACAAAACAACCCCUCCGGCAACCGACAAGGCUACCUGCAAGGGAGAAGACUUCCGCUUCCAGGCAGAAGGCGGUGAUUCCUACAGGCAACCUUCCCCUAAAUCCUGCAAGGGCGAUCCCCCGUGCAAGGAACCCAAUUAUGGUGUAGCCCUUGGUCUUCCUCGGUUUGAUAACGCCACGAUGACCGCUUACCUCCUAGGCAGCGAUCACCCGCAGCUGGCGUUCAGCUUUAACGACAGAGUUGAUGUCCAUUAUCAGCCGAUUAUCAAACCCGAUAUUGAAGCGAUCCGCUAUUCGCGACUUCAGAACCUCACCGUCGGUGACCGCACCCUCGCGGUUCACAGCAACCUCACCUCCGGUGCUGAGAGGUGGUUGCGUCUUGUCACUGGUGGAGGGGACAUCUUCCAGCUCACGCUAGACCACGAGCUGGCUGGCCCUGACGAGGACGCUAAGCGUAGCCGUGUGACCCUUCACCUGGCUGCUAAAUUCAGCCAUCUCGUCUAUAAUCCAGGAAACCCGGCUCAUCAGCACCAGGUUGAAAGCAGGGCCGAACUGUACAUCAAUGUCAGUGACGCGGCAGUCUUGCACCGGCUCCUCGGCAGCCCUCUGGUCCUCAAGGCGAAAGAAGCGGAACAGAAGCCUCUUGUUCGCCAGCCUCCUACUUCGUACACGGACCGUGGUGCUGAAGGAACAUCAUACAAACCAUUCCGUGUUGCAGACCUAGCUUCGCUGCAGGCCAUGAAGAGUCAUGUACACAAUUUAGGGGCCCCCACAUUCUCUCUGCGAGAGGUUGUCCUUACGGUCCUGCUCCUCGUCCUCUCCAUCCUUUAUCUCUUCAAGACAGCAUAGGUGGUGGCAAUAAAUUUGGCCCCGAGAACGGAGUUGCCUACUGCUAAUGACGCGCAAUUAAGGAGAACUCGGAGAAAAUACGAAAAGGACAUUCGUUAUAGUACCUUGAAUAACAUGACACCAAAUCAAGGUACUUGGGGCUAUGGUGGUUGGAACGACAGAUUGAAUACGGACCGUUGCUUUUCUAAGAUUGAUAUGAGCAUAGGGCUUAGCUAUGUACCUUCACUACAUAGUACCAAUAUAUUGAGUGCCUGUGGU